AACUGAACAAACAAGCGACCACUUCGCGGACGAGUCCGGUUUUCUUGCGAGCGCAGUAAACCGUAAACAAUUCAUCGCGCGACGUGUGCGACUCAUCAAUUGUUAUUCGACGUUCGACCAACCAAGACCAAGUUUAGUUGAGUUGUUACAUUGUGCGAGCAGUAAAAUACAAGUGAAUACACAUAUAGAGACAUAGACAUAGAGACAAUGAUGAAGCUGAUGGUAAUUGUGGUGCUGGUGGCGAUUUCAAGCCAGAUGUCUUCGGCGUUACCGAGUGGCACGCACGAGGAAGACGAUUACGACUUUGGCGAGAGCAAUCGGGCGUUCGCCGCGGCUGUUUACAAGGAAUUAUCAAAAAGUGAACCAAGCAACUUCCUGACAUGUCCACUCUCAGUGCAAACAGUAAUGGCGCUCACAUCCUUAGGCGCCAAAGGAGACACCGCUACCGAAAUCACCCGCGGACUAAAACUACCCUCCAACCAAAAAUUACUAAAAACAAUCUUCAGACACCUUAUGCCACAACUCCGUGGCAACGAAUUCUACUCUCUAACAUCCGCGAAUAAACUCUUCGUAAAUCACAACUUUAAACUAAAACAAGCCUAUCAGGACGUAGCUAGAUACAUUUUCGAUGCAGAUGUCGACACUGUCGACUUCUCACUCAACUACGAAGCCGCACGUGACAUUAACGACUGGGUACAGGAUAAAACAAACAAUAAAAUCCAGGAAAUCAUCUCACCUGAAGAUCUCCUCAAGGAAACCAAAUUAGUCCUUGCAAAUGCUCUGCAUUUCAAAGGAAAAUGGCAGUAUCCAUUUGAUCCUGUUGAUACAAUCAAGCGGCCAUUUUAUUCAGAGCAUAAGGAGCCACAUAAUGUGGACAUGAUGCAAUUGACGGACUUUUUUAAUUAUUACGAGAAUGAAGAACUCGAUGCGAAGUUCUUAGAGUUGCCGUAUCAAGGACAUGAUGUUUCCAUGGUGUUUGUGUUGCCUAACAAAGUCGACGGCUUGAAAAGGUUAGAGCAUCGUAUGGAGGAGGUACUACAGGAUCAACCAUUCAAGAAACAACAUGUCAGGAUACAGAUUCCUAAGUUUUCGAUGGAAACUACCAUAAAGUACAAAAAAAUCCUGCAAGAUCUGGGAAUUCAUAAAGUCUUCACUGAACACGCUGAUUUAUCCGAUAUCACACCAGAUAACAAUCUGCAAGUGAACACAGUCAUCCAGAAGACGUUUAUCAACGUGACAGAAACAGGAACUGAAGCAGCAGCUGCAACAGCAAUUGUAGAGUAUAUUGAUUACUGGGGGUUGAUUAAUUUUGUGUUGGUGGACUGGACGAUGGACCAUCCAUCGAUUUUCUAUCUGCGAAUGAAAACGCCUUUCGGCCAUUACGUGCUUUUCGUGGGCCGGAUACUCGCGCCACUUUCCGCAGCCUAAAAACAAACACACGCAACACUCAAAUAGACAUAAAUGUUAAUAUUUUGGAGCGUAUCGGAGAGGAGGAAGUGUUUGAUGCGGUGCCAUUCAUUGCUGAGCAUCCAUUUUUAUUUGCUCUUAUCAUGAGGAGUGCACCAAUCGAUGAAUUGGUCACUACUACUUCAACAUCCACAACUUUGGAGGUUAGUGCAGCACAUAUUGAGUCAAUUGAGGAAUCCACCAAUAAAGAAGAACGAGUUGUUUUUGUCGGGCGUUAUGUACAAGUUAAAUAA